AUGGUUCUUGUCGAUACAGCUGGUCGAAUGCAGGAUAAUGAGCCACUAAUGAGAGCAUUGUCAAGGCUUAUCUAUGUCAAUAAUCCAGAUCUGGUCCUGUUUGUGGGCGAGGCACUGGUUGGGAAUGAUGCUGUUGAUCAGCUAUCAAAGUUCAAUCAGAAAUUAGCCGAUCUUUCACCCUCCCCUAACCCCAGCUUGAUGGAUGGAAUUCUGCUCACGAAGUUUGAUACCAUUGAUGAUAAGGUUGGAGCAGCCCUGUCGAUGGUUUACAUAUCUGGGGCUCCUGUGAUGUUCAUUGGAUGUGGUCAGUCUUAUACAGAUUUGAAGAAGCUGAAUGUGAAGGCCAUUGUCAAGAUCCUCCUGAAAUAA